AUGCGUGCAGAGCGCGCCCUGACCGACCAAAUGAAGAUCCUCCCCAAGAGUCAACUAUACGCCGUGACAUCCAUACUUUCCAUUGCAAUGUUGGCCACAUACAUGGAUCAAAACGGUGUCAGUGUUACUGUCCCAAUCAUUGGCACCUCCCUGGGGGCCGAAGAUACCAUAUCCUGGGCAGGUACGAGCAGUCUAGUAGCCAACACCGUAUUCAGUGCGCUCUACGGACGGAUGAGUGACAUAUGGGGCCGCAAAAGAGUUUUCAUAUCCGCGCUCGUGGUGCUAUCAUUUGCGGAUGUUAUGUGCGGCUUGUCACAGAAUGGACCAAUGCUCUACUUCUUCCGUGGCGUCGCCGGUGCAGCUGGUGGCGGCGUGACGAACCUGACAAUGAUGAUCCUCUCUGACGUUUGCACCCUUGAGCAACGUGGGACAUUCCAAGGCAUUAUAGGCAGCAUGGUAGGCAUUGGGAACGUCAUCGGUCCAUUCAUCGCCGCUGCGUUCCUCAGCACAAAUGUGAAUAAAGAAGAAAGCCGUCUAGGCGUCGGCUGGAGAGCAUACUUCUACUUCCUAGCACCAUUGGUGGCUGCAGCUGCAGUUGUGUCUGGGAUAUUACUUCCGAAUCUACAGAAGGAGAAUAAGAAACUGGAUCACAAGUCCUGUGAGAAGAAAGUCUUGACUGCGUGGGAGAAUGUCCAGAUGUUCGACUGGGGCGGUCUUGUUCUUAGCGCUGCGUCGAUAAUACUUAUCCUGAUCCCCAUAUCCGGUGGUGGCGCAUAUUUUCCGUGGAAUGGCCCGGUCGUCAUAUCCUUCCUCGUCAUCGGAAGUGUCCUUCUCGUCGCACUCAUCCUAUAUGAAUGGAAGGUCGCAAGAUUGCCUAUGAUACCUGUAACCCUCUUCAGCAAUACCGCCAUAGCAGUAGUGCUCGCCCAAUGCUUCCUCAUUGGCUUCGUCUACCAGACAUAUAUAUAUUACCUACCUUUAUACUUCCAAAACGUGCGCCAAUUCUCGCCUAUCGUCUCUGCGGCCUUGAUCUGCCCGAUCGUCGUCAUGCAAGCCACGUUUUCUGUGGCCACGGGCCGAUACAUCUCUUAUCGCAAGCGCUAUGGUGAAGUUAUCAUUGUUGGCUUCAUUCUCUUCACUCUUGGUGCAGGACUGACAGUUCUGUUUGAUGUGGAUACAUCACCUGUGGCGAUAGUCUUCACCCUGGGCUGCGUCGGCAUCGGCGUGGGAUGUGUGUUCCAGCCGACGCUGAUUGCGCUGCAAGCUCAUAGCCCAAAACCAAAUCGAGCAGUUGCAGUAUCAAUGAGGAAUUUCUUCCGAUGCCUGGGCGGAGCGAUCGGGCUGGCUGCUUCUGCGGCUGUGCUGCAGGCGACGCUACGCAAGAAUCUCCCAGAGGAGUUCAGCAGUUAUGCAGACCAUACAUACAGUCUCAGCGGCGCCGGGAAAGAGGUUAGUCCGGAGAAUUUUGCGAGGAUCAGACAUGGCUAUAUGCUCUCGAGCCGCGCAGUGUUCAUUGUACAGGUCCCGCUUAUGUUCCUUUGUUUGCUGGGCUGCUGGUUUGUCAAAGAUAGAGGAUUGGAGAGGCCAGAUGAGCGCGAAGAGAGGGAGAGAAGGGAGAGAUCACAGCAGACAAUGAAUCGCCUGUCAAUCAGGUCAAGUGAGGAUAGUUACAAAUUAAUUAGACUACCCUACAAGACUAAACGCGCCAAACAUUCCUCGAUCUAA